CCACAAGUCUCUCCAGAAGGUUUUUCAUUAGGUGUUGAGAUAAAGACAAGGGUGAGGAACUGAAAGGCAGAGAAACGACACAAACACAUGCAAUGAGGACUGUACUGCUGGUACUGGUGUUGGCUCUCUCUUCAGCAUCGUCAGAAGCAAAACCUAAAACACGAUUCACACACUUCCGCUCAUGGAACUCCCGGAUGUAUCCAAUGUGGAAGGAAGGAGACUCCCGGUUUCGAGACUGUUGGACUGGUGGAGAAGUUACAUUCACUGUGAAAAAUGAUGCACCCACCCUGACUGGCGCAAAGGCAACCUUUACCAUCGACCUUCACUUCCCCUCCAACCAGACAGUGCUUCCUGAUGGACAGGUGGUGUGGGCGCGUAACUGCACUGUAAAUGGAACACAGUACCGUCAGGGCCAGGCAGUAUACUCCGACCAGGUCUCCGGUCCCUCAGGAGAGUACAGCGGUGUCUUCCCUGAUGGCACCCCUUUCACUGGAAGAGCAGACAGGAAACCCCACUAUGUGUUUGUGUGGAAGACAUGGGGACGUUACUGGCAGGUGGCUGGUGGGCCCUCAUCCUCUCUUACCAUUGGUACAGACAAUGUGCCCCUUGGCUCUUACAACAUGGAGGUGGUUAUCUACCACACCCGUGGCAAGGACAAGUUCGUACCGCUGGGCUAUGCCUCCACAACCUUCUCCAUAACAGACCAGAUACCCUUUGCAGUGUCUCUGUCCCAAGUUAACGAUGUGAACAAGGCUGACCAGAACUUCAUCCAAAACCGAGCUAUUACCUUCAGCAUCAGCCUCCACGACCCCAGCCAAUACCUCAGCACCUCAGAUGUCACCUUCAACUGGGACUUUGGGGACAACAGUGGAACACUCAUCUCCAGGGAGAACCAGGUCACACACACAUACAUGACCGCUGGCACCUACAGGCCUCAAGUGGUCCUGAUGGCAAGUAUCCCCAACGGCUGUGACGCUCCGGUGGAUCCCAGCGCUGCCAGCCCCACAGCGAUGCCUGUGGAUCCCUCAGCUGUGGUUGUCGUGGUGGCUACCCCAGGGCCAGCUCCAGGUGACAUUGCCCUGGAUGUGCCUGCCUCUGAGGUUGCCCCUUCUGAGGCUGAUGGCGAUGUCACAGACACAGCUGGAGCCACAGCGCCGGAGGGAGUCGAGGUGGUCGCCUCAGCGGCCCCAGCAGCUGAAGAUCCAGCUGUCGUCACGGGAACAGAGGAUACUGCCGCUGUCCCUGCAGUAGAAGUUGAUGCCACGGCAGAAGACACAGCUGCCACAGCUGUGGAGGACCCUGCCAUACCUGCUGUGGAGGACCCUGCCGUACCUGCCGUGGAGGACCCUGCUGUACCUGCUGUGGAGGACACUGCUGUGGAGGACCCUGCCGUACCUGCCGUGGAGGACCCUGCUGUACCUGCGGUGGAGGACCCUGCCGUACCUGCCGUGGAGGACCCUGCCGUACCUGCUGUGGAGGACCCUGCCAUACUAACUGUGGAGGACCCUGCCCUACCUGCUGUGGAGGAACCUGCCGUACCUGCUGUGGAGGGAGAAACUGCUGCCCCCGUAGUCCCAGCAACCGAAGAAGCAGCUGCUGAAGCCUCUGUGGUAGAGGCAGCGGUCGAAGGUGUGGCCACCAUUGACACAGCGCCUUCGGUUUCUCCCCUUGCAGAGGGAGAGGAGGCCACCGUGGAGCUAGCGGCCACAGUCCUCCCAGAGAUCCAGGCGGUGGACACCGUUGCACCGGCACAGGGUGAGGUCGUUGUAGCGGAGGUUGAGGCCGCGGCUGCAACAGUGGUGGCCCCGGAUGCAAACGCCGUUGUUCCUGCCGCCACAGAGGCUGUAGCUGUGCUGGAAUUGGUACCAGCUGAACCUGCUGUUGAGACUGAGGCAGAGCUAGAGGUCGUAGAGGCCGUGAAUGAUGCAUCAGCUGGUGUCACUGCAGUGCCAGCAGCUGUGACUCUUCCAGUGGUGGUGGAUGGAGAUGUAGAGGCUGAGGUAGAGGCAGGAACAGAGGUCCAGGUGGAUCUGGUUGUGGCUAAAAGGCAGGCUCCUGAACUUGCAGCGGCCGACAACUGUAUGAUUUACCGUUAUGGCUCCUUCUCGACCGCUGUGGACAUCAUCCAGGGCAUUGAGAGUGUGGAGAUCACCCAGGUAGCCAAUGUGUUGUCUCUCACCACUGAGGUGGAGCAGAAUGCAGUGGAUUUGACCAUUAGUUGCCAAGGAAGCCUGCCCAAUGAAAUAUGCACCACCAUCUCGGACGCGGACUGCAUCACCCCUUUGGAGUCUGUGUGUAACAACGUGACUCCCUCCCCAAAUUGUCAGAUUAUCCUUCGCCAGUUCUUCAAUGACUCUGGAGUGUUCUGCAUCAAUGUGUCCUUGACCAACGACGUUAGUCUGGCUGUGGCAAGUGCUCAAGUCAGCGUGACAGUGGGCUCUACAUCUUCCAAAGCAGGAACUGUGGCUGCGGUUUUGGGCGUCAUGGUCCUUGUCUGUGUUGCUGGUACCAUCGCAUUGAGCUACAAGCGGUUUAAACAGUACCGUCCACUGAGGGAGGAUUCAACAGGCGGCAGCAGUGGCACCUCUGGUAUCACGUCCGUGCCGAUGUUGCUCUGGAACCUUCUGAGCCGACAAUCACCAGGAGAAAGAAGCCCACUGCUUCAGGGAAGGGUGGUGUGAACACUCACAACCAUCUGCACGCACACAUGCACAACACAUGAAUACCACUCAGACACUCACGUUAACUCAGCAAAUGUAAAAUACAUGUUAUACAUUGGGAAACUUGCGUGUGUUACCAUGAAGACACACCCUGACACUCAAAACUAAUGCAGAGGCAAACUGCAACAAGAGCAAGCAAUAUGAAGUAGAUGUAUUUUGUAUUGUUACACUGAAAGCAACUUUAAUAAAAACAAUUAUGUACUGUAUACAUUUUCAACACAGAACAAAAGAAAAAUGAAAUGUGUUUGUUUCUGGCAUCACUUUUGACAAAAUAAUAUAUUUAUUUUGACCCACAUACUUUUUUAAGAAGUUUACAUCUGGUAAUUUAUAUUGUUCAUUUUCUGUACUUGUUACUCACUCUUCUUAUAAUCUUAAAAAAUCAUUACAAUAAAUGACUACCUCUUUUAAUAAGCUUCCAACGCAUAAUUGGCUUUGCUAAUGAUUCUAAUUUCAAUUGCUGAUAAAAACACAGCACUUUUUUUUAUAUAAAAACAUUUCUGUCACCCAAAAGGAAGCAUUAAAACUUCAAUGAUGUAAGAGUCUUCAACUAUAGGUCAGAAUUCAUAUUUUACUAGUAUUCACUGAACUUGCAAAUAAAUGGCACUGUAGAAACUGUCCCCAGCCGUGGCCAAUGCAGUAAUUACUUUUAUUUGAACUUUACAUGUAAAGUCUCUGGGGCUUGCUUAAAUUUUUUUUUUACAGUUGAGUACUUUUACUUUAGACUUGUUACACCUCUGCAUCUAUGUUGAGAUUUAACUCAUUGUAAAGUGUUCACAGGCUGUACUUAAAACGUUUAUCACUUGCCUGUUGCUAAAAAUGUGGACCUCUCAAACAAAAACAAACCACUCACAUGCUUUGACUAAAAAGGCAAAUCCUGCUAACAAUAAUCGCUCCUCAAGAAGCACAAUUUAAACCUUGCCUUCACAAAAACAAAAAACUAAAUCUGUAUUUGUUCAGCCACAAGAUGGCAGACUGUAGCAUUAAAAUAAAUUAAGGAAAGUCUAAGAAAAACAGCCCAAACGAGGUAGAACUUACUGUCAUUACACUUUACAUUAAGUUGUAACAUAUUGCAGUGUUUUCUUGAUUGUUCAUUACAUAUAAAAAACAACCAUGUUACUUGUUU